UUGUCUUGUAGGAUACAGGUAUUGGUAUGACAAAAGAUGAACUGAUUUCUAAUCUGGGAACAAUAGCCAGAUCCGGAUCUAAGGCUUUCAUUAAAGACUUACAAGAGAAAGGCGUGGAAGCAGAUUCUUCAAAUUCAAUUAUUGGACAGUUUGGUGUUGGUUUUUACUCUGCAUUCAUGGUUGGUGAUAAAGUAGAAGUUUUCUCCAAAUCUCAGAAGCCAGGCAGCCAAGCCUAUAGAUGGAGUUCUGAUGGGAGUGGUUCAUUUGAAUUGGUGGAAGCAGACGGUGUGCAGAAUGGAACCAAAAUAGUUAUUCAUUUGAAAAAAGAUUGCUGGAAAUACGGGAUAGAAAAUGAUGUUAAGGAUGUGGUAAAGAAGUACAGUAAUUUUGUGGGAGUUCCUAUAUUCUUAAAUGGGAAAAGAUUGAAUACUGUACAGGCACUAUGGAUGAUGGAUUCUAAAGAUAUCACUGACCAACAGCAUGAAGACUUCUACAAUUUCUUGUCAGAUUCCCAAGGCACUCCUCGUUACGUAUUGCAAUAUAGAGCGGAUGCACCAGUCAAUAUCAGAAGUCUUUUCUAUUUUCCUGAUCACACUCCUACAGUAUGGGAAUUCACUCGUGACCAUGGCAACAGGGUUUCUCUUUACAGUAGAAAGAUACUGAUCCAACCAAAGGCAGAAUCCAUUCUCCCAAAAUGGCUGAGAUUUGUCAGAGGAAUUGUUGACAGUGAGGAUAUACCGUUAAAUCUGAGCAGAGAAUUACUUCAAAACAGUAUUCUAAUUAGAAAACUCAGGAGUGUUCUGACAAAUAGAAUUGUUCGGUAUCUUCAAGACCAGGCCAAAAAAGAUCGUGUUAAAUACGACAAAUUUAUACAAGAUUAUGGUGUAUUCUUGAGAGAAGGAAUCGUGACAUCGGACGAACAGUCGGAAAAGGAAGAAAUUGCUAAAUUAUUGCGCUAUGAAUCCUCUACACAACCAGAAGGUCAUAAAGUGGGUUUACUUGAUUACUGUAACAGAAUGGAAGCUGGACAAAGACACAUAUAUUACCUAUGCACUCCAAGUCGAAAAAUUGCAGAAAGCUCUCCAUAUUUUGAAGCUGCUAAAAAUCGAAAUUUUGAAGUGCUGUUUUGUUACGACGAAUAUGAUGAAUUGUCACUGCUUCAACUGAGAGAGUUCGACAAGAAAAUUGUGACAUCAGUAGAAAAUGAAAUGAUGGCAACAUCAGAUAAAGAAACAACACUGGAAGGAGUUGGAGGUGAAGGCCAUUUGUCUGUCGUUGAAACAGACUCGCUUGUUGAAUAUUUGAAAACCGCCUUAGGAAAGAAAGUUGCACAAAUCAAGGUUAGUAAGAGAUUGGAUAACCACCCUGCAAUGGUGACCGUCAUGGAAAUGGGGGCAGCCAGACACUUUCUGAAAAAUGCUUUGAAAGGACGAAGUGAGGAGGAGAAGUUACAAGUCUUACAACCAAUGCUAGAAAUUAAUACCAGUCAUCCAAUAAUGAAGAAAUUAUAUGAAUUAAAAACCAGUGAUCCCCCAUUGGCUAGACUUGUUGCCGAGCAGGUAUAUGACAAUUCCAUGAUGGCCGCAGGAUUGAUGGAAGAUCCAAGAACAAUGCUGAACAGAUUGAAUGAAAUGAUGACAAAAUCUUUGAACAAAUUAUAAAAAUAUACUUGUUUACCCCAAAUUGAUAAUUUGUUGUAAUAUAUUGAAAAAAAUUGUAAUAAAUAUGAAGAGCAUUUAUAGUAUGGCUA